CGGGGGGGGGGGGGGGGGGGUAGCUUACGUGUUAAUGGUGUUCGGUGUUGUGUACAUUUUAUCAAUCUCACAGUUUGUAUGGAUUGAGUUAUCACAUCACUCGAAAUUCAAAAUUAAAAGUUAUCGCUGGAGACUUAGGAUACAUACUCAAAUACUCGGUGGAGGUACAAAUCUCAAUAGAAAAGGUGGUGAUUGAUCGAGCUGGAGUCUUCGAGUAUAAAAAUAAUCCAUUAUUAUUAUUUUACUCAAAAAGGUUGGAGUACCUACUGGAAAAACAAGCCAACAAGUGUAACAGUCGAGGCGAGCUGAAAGAAAUUACCAGCAUAUACACUACACUUACUUACCGAUAUUAUAUCAGCGGAUGUGAUAACAUUGUACCGAUGUAGUAUCUAUCUACAUAUUAGGUGUGUAGUGUGUACUAUGUUACGGAAAAUUCACGAAUAAGGAAAAGGCGAAUCCAAAAACAACCACGAAACCACGUACUUUGCAGAAAAGAUAUGAAUCGAUGGAAUGGCGUUGCGAUAAUUUUGGCGACAAUCGCGUGCAUUCUUAGUUGCGUACGAUGUGCCGUCAACAGCGUAUCGGAGAAUAAUGCUCUCCGGUAUGAAAAUUUACCGGCUGUUGCCAUGGAUUAUAAAGUGAAAAUAGACGCCGGAAAAGAAGACUGUUACUAUCAGUAUGUUCAACCGGGAGCCACUUUUUACGCCAACUUUCAGGUGCUCCGUGGAGGCGAUGGCAUGGCCGGAUUCGCAGUGAAGGAUCCUUCCGGUACAAUUGUUCAUCCGUAUCAGUGGCUAGCUCAGUCGGAUUAUCAAGGAGUUUCAGCUUCUGGUGGCUACUACAGCGUUUGCAUUGACAAUCAGUUUUCUAGAUUCUCAGAGAAAUUGGUCAACUUAUACAUAACGGUUAUAAAGUAUGAUCAAUGGGAGCAAUUCAACAAAGAAAUCGAAGAACUGAAUUUAAGCGUGAUGAAUGUUACAACAUCUUUGAGUAAUGUCGAACAUAGAAUAAAUACUAUGUUGCAAUAUCAGCAUCACUCGAGAAGCAAAGAAUCUCGCGAUUAUAAUUUGUUAUUGGACAACAAUUUGUACGUUAUACGUUGGUCGAUAUUGCAGAUAGUUUUUAUCGUCGCAACAAGCGUGCUGCAAGUCUACUUCGUUCGUCAGUUAUUUGAGCUGAAAAAAAAUCGGACCCGCGCUUGAGAAAAGGCGCUCACACCACACUACGCCACCAUCGCUGUACUUGAACCAUUUUUUAUUUUUGGUCCGAUAUUGUGACAACAUUCUUUCCUUAGGCCUAUUAUUGUAUAUCAUGUAAUGUACAUAUGUACAUACUUACAUAUCAUAUACUUACCCUAGAAUCUCUACCCAACUACGUACAAAUAUUUAUCGUGUAUACUUUGUACAUUACGAUGAUGAUGAUGAUGGUGAUGGAAGAUGAAAUGGGUCUUUGUGUUUGAGUAAUGGUGACGAUGACGAAAAGAUUGGCUAAUGCUAAUUAUAGGUACUAGGUACCUACCUAUCACAAUAUUAUGGUUUUGGUGAUUUUUUAGAACAUAAUUUCCAUGUACGUAAUAGUCGUACGUAUCUACGUAUACCUUCAAGUAGUACGUCUACGUACCUAUAAAAUAAUUUUUCGUGUUAAGCUACUUAUUUGUAAUUGACUUUUUUCUUAUUUUUUUCUUUUUUGUUUCUGCGAGUUUUUAAUUAAAAAAAAUAAAUCCAAAAAAUGUU